AUUCAUGUCUUGAAAGAAAUAGAAAAGCCAUUAUUCUUGAUAAAGUAAUGAUCGAUACAGACACUCCAUCACAAUACCUCGCACUUGUUCCAGAUGAUAUCAAAGUUCAUACCGCAAUACAUUUCCAAACCAUCACCGAUUCUACAAAUAGAAUUGUCACAGAUUAA